AUGGUGACCCAGGGUGGUACUGCAGCUUGCAGCCAGGCGAGCCCGCCCACCUACACUGCCUCGCCGGGAGCCCGUUGGUCUAGGUCAGUCACUGACACGGCUCGGCUCGUGGUGGUGGCUGCGUCCAGGCUCGGGCAGAUCUGGUGGGGACCACACGUGUGGCCCAGAAGCCACCCAGAGCUGGCGCGGCUCGGGGGCCCAAGCGAAGUAAACUUUCAGAGUGGGGCGAGGAGCCCAGAGGAGGCGGUGGCUGCCGCAAGGUCAGUGCCAGACCCUGCCCUGGCCCCAGAGGGCUACACUGACCUCCACAGCCCCAAUAGCACUGUCGCCACCCUGGGGUCCCAGCCCACCCCUCCUGGCUCCUGUCCCAGGGCCCCUACUCAUGACCCCGCUGACCUCAGCUCUGGGCUGCCCAGUCCACCUUCAGCCUCCCUGGGCCCUGAGUGCCUGGACCCACUGCACCAAGUGCUGGCAGAUGAAGAAGUGGACAGCCGGGCCCUAGGGAACCCCCAAGGUGCCAGGACUCUGGACAGUGAGCCUCUGCUGGGGGCCACAGCUGCAGCCCACCCCUGGGCUGGGCCCGUAGAGGAAGAGGAGUGCCCCAUCUGCACAGAGCCCUAUGGGCCCACUGAGCACCGCCUGACCCUGCUGAACUGUGGACACAGCCUGUGCUCAGGCUGCCUGCACCAGCUGCUGAGCACGGCCCCCAGCGCCGACCUGGGCCGGGUACAAUGUCCCCUGUGUCGCCAGAAGACGCCCAUGCUGGAGUGGGAGAUCUGCCGGCUGCAGGAGGAGCUGCUGCAGGCUGAUGGGCCCCAGCACCCCCCGCCUCCCACACCCCCCAUUCCCCUCCGCCGGAGGCCCGGGCCCUGGGCCUCCCUAGAGCACCGCUACCAGCUACGCUUCCUGGCAGGGCCCGUGGGCGGCCGGGGCUGCCUGCCCUUCCUGCCUUGCCCGCCCUGCCUGGGCGCCCGGCUCUGGGCUCUGCGGGAGCGGGGCCCCUGCGUCCGCCGCCUGGCGCUGCUGGGCCUGCUGGCCCUUGAGCUGCUGGGCCUCCUGCUUGUCUUCACGCCACUCAUGCUGCUGGGGCUGCUGUUCAUGCUGCUAGAUGGCUCGGGCCGCUGAGUAGGGCCUGUCACACCUGCCACUUGGGGCCUGAUGACCGGGCUGAAAAACCCAAGCGUGACCGGGCACUCGUCUUCAAUCAAGACCCAAGACGGGGGCCCAGGGCCACCCAGGAGUCUGUGCUUAGCCCCUGCGUCAGCCAGACUCCAAACCACCCUGCUGCCCAGACAGUGACCACUAGUGCCCAAGGAUGGCGUUGGACAUCUGUGACCAGGGCCCCAAGCACUCCUCAACAGAUGGACACCAUAUUGCCGCUGGGCUGCCCCCCUCCACACACACACACACUGCACCCUAGCCUGUCCACAAGAGGGGCACAGCGGACACGGAAGUGAACAGAGAGGCCUGGCAGUGAGUCAAUUCCUUGGAGAGGGUGGGGCCCUGAGCAGGGGCUGCAGGCCCCCCCGAUCUGCCCAUGUCCUAGAUAAGGGCCAGUGUGUGUUCCCUGAAGGUCAGGGCACCGGAGGGGAGGGCCCUUCCUAUGCAAGCUCAGCCCACAAAGGGCCUCCUCACUGGCCCGGUCAGCACCCAAGGGGGCGUUACCGAGAGGCUGGGGGUCUGGCAAAUGCCCCUGAGCUACAAGGCCCACAGGCCCAGCUAGGCUUUGGAGCUGGAGUGCUGAGCUGAGGCCUCUGACUGCCUGCAACCUCACAUCACCGAGCCUGGGGCCUUUAUCUGAAGGACAGAGACAGUCACAGCACCACCUCAUGGGCUUGGUGGUGACAUGCUGGGCGCUGUGCCUGGUCCAGGAAAUGGCUCUCAGUAAACAGCAGCGGCUACUGUACCCAUG